UACUUAACCCACUUAGCCACCAAGGAACUCCCAUAUGUGUGAAUGUUCCCCCCCACCAAGGAAGGAAUGAUGGUUGAUUAAUAUCCUUUGUAAUUAGGAAUAGUAACUAAUGGGCUGGGGUAAACGUGUGUGGGAUGCAUGCUGGGGUGUAUGUAGGUGGGGUGAUGUGGUAAGCCAUUAUUUGUCCAACCAGCUUUGGUUCUACUGGGCAAAAGAGCAGAAGGAUGGGCAAGAUAUCUUCUUUAAAGCUUUUCUAGUCUAAGAAAUCUCUACCUUUCAGUCGGUAGGUUGAAGUUAGUGCCUUUUUGGCUUAGUUGGUUGGGCCUGGAGUCAGGUGAGGGAGAGGAGGGGGACUGGUUUGGUGUUUUUUGGUGUUCCAGGCUGGGUGCAGCUGGCUACCACCUGCUCACACUCUCACCCACCUCAACCUCUCCAAGCGAGCAGAGAAGGCCAAAUUACUUGUCCCACCUCUCCUGGGUGCAGUUAUAGGUCUCUGAGUCUGGGUUUAGUCCUUUCUCUCUAAAAACACUUACCACCACAACAGACCUGCUUCGUGGCUACCAGGACUUCACUAGAACGCAGCUUCGUAGUCAUUUAACCUCCAUUCCUCUCGUUCCCACUUCCACUUGUUUUGGUAAUUUCCCAAACUUCAUUUGUUUAUAAUCCCUCAAGGUUAUGGCACAGCGACAAGGUGUUUUAAUUUCUCCCUGUUUUUGGUGGGUAGGGGUGCGGGGAAAUAGACUUCCCAUCAUAAAAUCCUGGCUCUUGGCCCUUUUCCUUUCCUUUCUCCUGUCGUACUCAUCCCCACACUGCCCCCAGCCCCUAUAUGAGGGAGACUGUAGUCCUAGAGAACUCACUUCACCGGCUGCAUCUGGCUUCACCCCCAGCUCUCCUCCUUAGCCCCGCCCAGCCUUUCCACUGACCAAUCGCAGCCCCAAUGCACUUGUGCUGGUGACGUCAUCCCACAGCCAAUCAGGAGGCGGGCUGGGGCUGUAUGCGCACGUUCACUUACCGCUGCAGCGGCUGGAUUCUUCUUAACCUGAGCAAGAGCAAAGCUUGGAGGAGGAAGAAGGGGUCUUGGUCCUUAGACCCUUUCUGGGCUAUGCCAUCAUUUCUCCCUCUGGGCUGGAUUGACCUUACUCCAGUUGAUUCACAGUUAUUUCCCAGGACUCGUUUUACAGAUGAGAAAACUGGGGCUGGGAAAGUUAAACUUGCCCAGUUUCUCAGUUUUGAUGAGCAAGUCCUCCUGACUUUCGGUCCCUGCUUGAGCGAGGGCUCCCCUCCCUGCUGAGCAGGUCUCUGGGUAGGGAUCCCCGGAUCCCUAGCUUCAGCAAGCCCCUCCCCUCCAAUUUCUAGUUCUCCUCCUGUCUUGCUUUCAUCCUUUUAGGUGGGUUGAAGCUCAUUUUGAAGAAUGGCCCUGGCAAAAGACCCUGGGAGGGAAUUGAAUCUGCCUUAGUCCCGUUGGGGGGCUCCUGCUGGGCCCCUUCCUCUCCAUUCCAGACUUCCUCUCCGGGACAGAUUCAGGAUGGUUCCCUGGCCCUGCACCCUUAAGCCUCCUCUAACUCAUUCCUUCUCCCCAAAGAGGAGCCCCACCUCCUUAGAGCUAAGGGCUGGCCUGUGCUAUUUCUGUCCUUUCUGGGAUUCUUCUGAGAACAGAUUCUUGUUUUCAGUCUGAUUCAGAUGUGAAACUUUUCCCGUGGCCUCUCACCCAGUUGUUGUGGGCUGGGUCUCUGCCUCAUCACUCCUUCCUCCAGCCAGGCUCUUCCUGUUCCCCUCCCCAAAAUUCUCUCUGGUCAGUCACUCAAUUUUGCUGAGACCUGGAGAAGGAAGUCAGGGGCCCAAGAGGGAGCCAUUCCCCUCAGGGGCCUGGGUGCCCUGGGGACAGCAUUUUGAUAUUCCGAAGUAGGAAACUUUGAUUCCCAUGGCAAGCCCUGUUCCUGUGCAAAGGAGUCACCUCCAGGGCCCCAUCCUCAGGCUGCGCUACAUGGUGAAGCAGUUGGAGAACGGAGAGGUGAACAUUGAGGAGCUGAAGAAAAACCUGGAGUACACAGCUUCCCUGCUGGAGGCCGUCUAUAUCGAUGAGACGCGACAAAUCUUGGACACGGAGGACGAGUUACAGGAGCUGCGGUCUGACGCGGUGCCUUCAGAGGUGCGGGACUGGCUGGCCUCCACCUUCACCCAGCAGACCCGGGCCAAAGGCCGCCGAGCGGAGGAGAAGCCCAAGUUCCGGAGCAUCGUCCACGCAGUGCAGGCCGGGAUCUUCGUGGAACGGAUGUUCCGGAGAACCUACACCUCGGUGGGCCCCACCUAUUCCACUGCUGUCCUCAACUGUCUCAAGAAUCUGGACCUCUGGUGCUUUAAUGUCUUUUCCUUGAACCGGGCAGCUGAUGACCACGCCCUGAGGACCAUCGUUUUUGAGUUGCUGACUCGGCACAACCUCAUCAGCCGCUUUAAGAUUCCCACUGUGUUUUUGAUGACUUUCCUGGACGCCUUGGAGACAGGCUAUGGGAAGUACAAGAACCCUUACCACAACCAGAUCCACGCAGCCGAUGUUACCCAGACGGUCCACUGCUUCUUGCUCCGCACAGGGAUGGUGCACUGCCUGUCGGAGAUCGAGGUCCUGGCCAUCAUCUUUGCUGCAGCCAUUCAUGACUAUGAGCACACAGGCACUACCAACAGCUUCCACAUCCAGACCAAGUCAGAAUGUGCCAUCCUGUACAACGAUCGCUCAGUGCUGGAGAAUCACCACAUCAGCUCUGUUUUCCGGAUGAUGCAGGACGACGAGAUGAACAUAUUCAUCAACCUCACCAAGGAUGAGUUUGUAGAGCUGCGGGCCCUGGUCAUCGAGAUGGUAUUGGCCACAGACAUGUCCUGCCAUUUCCAGCAAGUGAAGUCCAUGAAGACGGCCUUGCAGCAGCUGGAGAGGAUUGACAAGUCCAAGGCCCUGUCUCUACUGCUCCAUGCUGCUGACAUCAGCCACCCGACCAAGCAGUGGUCAGUUCACAGCCGCUGGACCAAGGCCCUCAUGGAGGAAUUCUUCCGCCAGGGUGACAAGGAGGCAGAGCUGGGCCUGCCCUUUUCUCCGCUCUGUGACCGCACCUCCACUCUCGUGGCACAGUCCCAGAUUGGUUUCAUUGACUUCAUUGUGGAGCCCACAUUCUCUGUGCUGACUGAUGUGGCCGAGAAGAGUGUCCAGCCUAUGGGGGAUGAGGACUCCAAGUCUAAAAAUCAGCCCAGCUUCCAGUGGCGCCAGCCUUCUCUGGAUGUGGAAGUGGGAGAUCCCAACCCUGACGUUGUCAGCUUCCGCUCUACUUGGACCAAAUACAUUCAGGAGAACAAGCAGAAAUGGAAGGAACGGGCAGCAAGUGGCAUCACCAACCAGAUGUCCAUUGACGAGCUGUCGCCCUGUGAGGAAGAGGCCCCGGCCUGCCCUGCUGAAGACGAGCACAACCAGAACGGGAAUCUGGACUAGCCUGGGGCUGGCCCGGGUCCUCUUCGAGUCCAGAGUCUUCGAUGUCAUCAGCAUCAUCCAUCGGGACUGGCUCCCCCAUCUGCUCCAAGGGAGCAUGGAGGUCGCGGAACAGACAGCCCACCCAAAGGACAAAUGCCAGAGAUUGUGGGGUUGGGGGAAGGGCCCCUCCCCACCCGACACCCAUUGGGGCGCACUUUAGUCUCCCAGCGGCCAGACUGGGGAACUUCAGGCCCCCAGUGGUCACUGUGUCCAUCCCCCUGCCUCUGGACUCUCCCCAUGGCCAGAUGACUGGCUGGAGGGGGCCCUUCCUGGAGGCGUCCCAGGGCCUGGGGGGAGGGGCAGAGAUGCCAGCCCCCUGGGCCCUCCCCCAUCCUUUUUGCCUCCAAGUUUCUAAGCAAUACAUUUUGGGGGUUCCUCAGCCCCCCACCCCAGAUCUUAGCUGGCAGGUCUGGGUCCCCCUUUUCCUCCCCUGGGAGGGGCUGGAAUAGGACAGAAGGCUGGGGGGUUCCAGAGCCCUGUGCACGGGGAGGGGGCUCCCUCAGGACAUGGUACCUUUCCAGGGCCUGGGGAUGGGGGGACAUCCUCUUACCCAAGACCUGCACGGCCCCGCCCCCGCAGCCUUCCCUCUCUCCCAUUCUGAAAUGGUGACUGGGGGAACAGGAGCCAUUGGGACCAGGGGCUGAGAGGAGGCCUUUCCUGGGAUCCUCAAGGACUCGGGACUGGUCUCGGCCCUGGG